AUGUCUUUCGUUGCCAGUAUCCCCAGUGACGGAGAAGUCUACGAUGUCGUCGUGGUCGGCAGUGGAUUUGCGGGCACUACCACAACCCUUCGUUUCCUCGAGGAGUGUGAGAGACUCGGGAAGCCCGGAAAGAUUGCCGUGGUCGAGGCCGGCAAGGAAGGAGAACGAUGUGGUGCCAGCAGAUGGACACAAGCAGUCCUUCGACUCACAGACGAUAAUGUCUUUGACCCAGAUUGGAAACACCGCGUCAGCUGCGGGCUUGCGGACCAAGCAUACUGCCAGAAAUUGGAGAAGGAAGCCCCGAUCUCGGUCGAGUACAUCAAGGAGCGCGGCGUCAAACUACACCAUCACUACGAAGACAACUUCUUGGUCCAGUUUAGCACCCGACAGCACUUCUGCUAUCCCAUUGGCGGUGGACAUGCCAUCAUCAACACUCUCUUCGAUCACAUUCGAAAGUACCGGAAUGUCAAGGUUUUGUGGGAGACCACCGCCGAACAUCUCCUGCAAACCGAGGAAGGCGAGGUUUGUGGAGUCCGAGUCCGACGGGCUGAUGGAAAGCUAGCCAAGGUGUUCGGAAAGAAAGUCAUGCUGGCUUGUGGAGGCUUCGAAGGCGGCAAAGACCUGAUGGCCCAAUUUGUUGGCCCGCGUGUCGAGCAUCUCCCUGUCAUCGCGCCAGGGUUGAAAUACAACACUGGAUUGGGCCUGAAAAUGGGCAUGGAAAUCGGUGCCCAAGUUGCAGGAUCCAUGAACGGUCUCCACUGUGAGAUGGUCGACUCUCGUACCAGCAAGCCCGAUGCCGUCAUCUGGGGCCACAACUUUGGUAUCGUGGUCAACAAAGAUUGCAAACGAUUCUAUGACGAGGGCAAAGAUUCACUCUUUGCCACCUUUGAGAUGAUUGCCCUGGAGGUUUGGAGAGGUAUGGCACCAGAUAUCUACCUACGGGUAGCCGCGAGCGGCCAAGUUUCUGACAAUUUGAAAUUUAGACCAAGAUCAAGAGGCCUACUUGUGUUCGACACCACCGAUAUGGAACCCGAAUCGAGCGAUACCAUUGAAGGACUCGCUCAAAAACUUGGAAUCGACCCAAAGGCACUCAAGAAGACGGUGGACGAGUACAACGCGGCAACUAACGAUGCCCCACUGGAUCUGCUCAAGCUCGACGGAAAGUCCACGCAAGGCUUGACCCCUGAAAAGUCCAACUGGGCUGCUCCCAUCAAAGUAGCCCCCUUCUACGGAUAUCCACUGAAGACCAAUGUCACCUUCACCUUCGGCGGACUCAAGACUGACCUCGACAGCCGUGUCAUCUCCACCAAUGGAGCCCCGAUUCCCAACCUGUAUUGCACAGGAGAACUCUCUGGAGUCUGUAAGUGCUUGGACAAACAAACCCAAGCCUAUCGAUGGGUCAUUGCUGAUUAUGUCCUUCCUCUGCAGUCUACAACGAAUAUCCUGGAGCUGUGGUAA